AUGAGCAUUGCCCGAACGCGAACUCUGUGGCUCAUAAGUUCAUCGAAUAACGCGCCGUUGUCUGCCACAGCAUGCGUGAUCUUCUUCGCCUUAGCAGCGCUCGGUGUCGAAUUCACAGGACGCAAGCAGAAGUCGACCUUGAAGUCGUGUCGCCCUGCCCCGGAGCACCACAGCGGAUUCUGGAGUCGAACGACUUUCACAUGGCUUUGGCCGCUAUAUCGCAUGGGCUAUUCAAAGAUUAUAUAUCUUGACGAUCUUUUCGCUUUGGACACCAAGAUCGAUAGCGCUCAGGUUCACCAAGAUUUGGUGCAGUCGAUGCAGUCGAGCGCGGGGCCACUUCAAGGAAGAUUUGGUCUACUCAUAGCCACGUCCCAGGCGUUCGCUGGCUCUGCCCUAUCCGGUGCACUUCCUCGUCUAUGCCUUACGUUUUUCACAUUCUGCCAACCAUUUCUUUUGAGCAAAACUGUCGAUUGGGUUGGGCAGGUGGAACCGGAACGAGCGCAUGGAAAUGGUCUCAUUGUUGCCUGGACUGUGAUUCUGCUCGGCAUCGCGGUGUCCAAAUCAGUCUAUGAGUACCAAAGCACCCGCUUUGCCACCAGGAUUCGAGGCGGUCUUGUGGCGCUCAUAUAUCAUCGAACCUUACAAUGCCGUGUAUCGGAGUCAGGAGAAGUCACCGCAGUCUCGGUCUUUGUUGUCGGAUUUCUCAUGAACGCAAUAGCAUUCCUAUUCCUGACUGGAAAAGUCGCGGUCUCCGCCAAUAAAACUCAGAGGCUGUGGCUCGGCAAGGUUCAGAGCCGGCUCAAGAUGAUGUCGAUUGUUCUCGAUGGGGUCAAACCAUGGAAGAUGCUCGGUUUGGACAGGCAGGUCUUCGACCUCCUGGAAACUCUACGGGAAGAGGAGGUCAUGGCCUCUCAGGGCUAUCCAAACACACCAAUCGUGCUCGCUCCAACCGUUACAUUUGCCCUUUAUGUCAUUAUCGCGCUAUACUGGCAAGACACCACUCUCGACGUUGCGCAGGCCUUCACCUCGCUGGCACUGAUAAAUCUUUUGGUCACGCCGGUCGUAAUCUUUACACAGGCAUUGCCAACAGUUGUCCAAUGCCUGGGUUGUUUCGACAGAAUCCAGGAGUUUUGCAGCUACUCGAAGGCUCCACUGCAUUUCGCUGCUGCAAGGGAAGACAGCAGAAUAUCUCGGAGUCGGCCCCACUCGAGCAUAGCGCUGCAACCUCUGGACUCAGCACAGGACGAACAUGAGCUUAAGCUCAACGGUGAAAACUUUAGCUGGGGACCAUCAGUACCGACUGUCCUUAGCCAAGUGGACUUCGAGCUCAAGACCGGAAGGACUGUCGCCAUUACUGGGCCUAUAGGCAGUGGCAAAACCUCACUUCUCCUGGCAAUUCUGGGAGAGCUGAGGUCACAGAAUGGUACUGUCAGUUCGAUUUCGUCUGGCGUUGCGUACUGCGCACAGGCUCCGUGGCUUCAAGAAGGCAGCAUUCGGCACAACGUCGUGGGCUACUCAACUUGGGAUCCCGUGUGGUACGAAACGGUCAAGGAACGAUGCGGCCUUGUCGAGGACAUGGAAUGGCUGCCUGACCGCGAUGACACAGAGAUAGGGAGCAACGGCACGAAUCUGAGUGGAGGGCAGAAGCACCGAGUUGCGCUAGCACGAGCUGUAUAUUCUCGGAACAGAGUCGUCAUGCUGGACGACAUCUUCAGCAGUAUGGACGUACAUGCCAGCGAGAAGAUCUUUGCAAGCCUUUUGGGACCUGAAGGUCUUUUGCGCCUGCAGAAGGCAUCAGUGAUCCUUGUUACUCACAGUCCAUUGCUAGCAUCGAGAACGGAUGAAGUGGUCGUCCUUGAUUCGGGCAAAAUAUCCACUGUUCAGGCACCGCACCGUGUGGCCGGGAUCAGCUCUACCCGCCAUGAAGUCUCUACAGAUGAACCCACCGCGCUCGAGAUCCGACAGAAACAUCCCCAGUCACUGGUCGCGAAGGGGCAAGAUGUCAUGGAAGAUCAAUCUCGCAAGAAAGGGAACUUUGCCCUAUACAGCUUUUACUUCCGAGCUUGUGGUCAUCUCGCGGUUGGAGGCUACUUUGGCUUCAUGACUUUAUGGAUGUUCUUCACAGAAUUUGCAACGGUGUGGAUGAAGUGGUGGUCUGAGGCCAAUGCAAUUCACCCGAACGCAAACAUUGGGAUAUACAUGUCAAUUUACGCAACCUUUGGCGUCCUCGGAGCCAUCUGCGCCUGUACUGCUGCUUGGCCACUAUUGGCUUCUAUCGCAUGCGGCAUACAACUCAUUAUCCUGCUAGUUUUCUCCCGCUACCUCGCGAUUGGAGUACCCGUUCUGGCAUCAGUACUAUUCGGGAUCCAGCUGCUCUAUCUCAGGACUUCUAGGCAAAUGCGCCUACUCGGAAUCGAAGCGAAGGCACCGCUCUAUUCGUACUUUCAAGAGUCUAUCGCUGGUGCCGUAACGAUCCGUGCGUUCAAGCAGCAACAGCAUCACUGGCAGCAUUUUUGCGAUCUGCUUGAUGCGUCUCAGAGGCCACGUUACCUGCAGAAUUGCAUACAGCACUGCCUUGAGUUCGCACUUAGCACCACCUCGGCUGGACUCGGAGUUACUGUCGUUGCAAUAAUGGUGACUUGGCAUAAGGAAUUCAGCGCCGGCGAUGCUGGCGUGAGUCUUGUAAUUGUCAUUGGCUUUGGCUCAAUGCUAAUAUCGAUCAAGAUUAAACCUCAUCAACACGUUGCAAUCUGCGGUCACUCUGGCUCUGGAAAGUCGGCGCUCCUUCUGAGCAUGCUCAAAAUGGUCGACAUCGAUUCUGGAAGCAUUGUCAUCGACAACAUCGACCUCUCAACGAUCGGGCCAUCAGAUGUGCGUCGAUGCAUCAACGUCAUUCCACAAGACCCCUUUCUGGUCCCUGGUUCGAUUCGUAUGAAUGUCGACCCAUGGCAUAAGGCAUCGGACGACGUUAUCAGAGAAGCUCUUGUUCGAGUGCACCUGUGGGUUCACGUCAAUGCGCUUGGUGGGCUAGAUGCCACCGCGGCUGAGGCGAAUUUCUCAGCCGGACAGAUGCAACUACUUUUCCUCGCGCGAGCAUUGACUAGAGACACCAGAGUCCUCCUACUCGACGAGGCGAUGAGCAGCGUUGAUCUAGACACACAAGGUAUCAUGCAGGACAUCAUUGACACGGACUUCAGACAGACGACAGUGCUGGCCGUCAUGCAUCGACUAGAACACAUCAAGCACUACGACAAGGUUGUCGUUCUCAGCAAAGGUCGCUUGACGUCGUAUGGCGACGCCGCAAAUUUUGAGAUAACGGACCUCUUGUCCGCGGAGCCAUAG